AAGAAACGCCUCUUGAUGCCAAGCGUAGCUUUCGUAGUGUUUUGGGAGGAGAAAACGAGGGGAGAAAAAAUCAGUUUGAAGGGGAAGAAAAAAUUUUGGUCUCGGUUUCCUCCUUCUCAUCUCCACGUUGAUUUCUUCUGGGUUUUAUGAUUCUUGUUCAAGUCUUUGAUCAGAUUCUUUAAUCGCAUCAAAGACCCAAUUUUUUAUUUGUCUGCAUGAUCAUCCUCAGAUGGGUGGAUCAGACGAGAACAAGCACGGAGUUAUCGGACCCAUGAAUCCACAAGGUGGUUUACGUGGAGGAAAGGUGAAUCCGGCGAAUGGGCAGACAUGAAGAGCACUCAGUAACAUAAACAAGAACAUCAUCGGAGCUCCGGUUUAUCCUUGUGCUGUCAACAAGUGACCGUUGUCUGAGAAGAAUGUGAUGUGUAACAAGAAGAUUCCACCACCUGUUCCAGUGCAUCGACCAAUCACUAGAAAGUUUGCUGCUCAAUUAGCUGAGAAUAAUCCCCAAACCAAGAAGGAGGUAGUGAUGACGAUGAGAACACGAGGAGGAGGUGAGGCUGUACUUCAUUUACUAAACCGUACCCGUGAGCUUUACAGGCGUAGAAUCCAAGAAACAGCUAGUGUGGAUCAGCUGGAUUCUAUAUUUGUAGAGUGUGCCAUUACAGAAGCACAGCCUCUUGGGCACGAGCCAACAUCAUCAACAGACCUAAAUGGCACCAGAGAAAGAGUUACAGCGGAUGCUCAUGGGAACUCUAUCCUGGAGAAAAGCGUACUGGUGUAGUAAUAUGUGAUACAAGGAUGCUAUUUUGUUUUGCCAUGACAUAUCGCUUCUGCUGUAAUGUGUUAGUUGAUGUUGUUGAUCUUUGAACGCAAUGGGAAAUGUAUAACGCUUGCAACUUUGUCUCAUGCCUCAGCAUCCUAUAGACUUGUAAUGUUUCUUAUG